CGGAAUUCUGGGUAAACCACCUCACUUGAAACAAUGAGGCGAAGAUUAGCUUUGUGAAUCAGGCAUUCGGAGCGGGGUGUAGUGGCACGUCGUUGCGGGGGUGUUUGUGGCAGUGGGAGUCCCCCCUGGGAGGGUCCCCUUUGCAGCGCAGUCCAGUAGUUCGCGAAGUCGAUGGAGUGAAAAAGAGAGAGAGGGGGAAAGAGGAGCCCGUGAACGGAAAGUACUACUUACAUUCAGUGAAUUUUGACACGACGGGACGCGGCUUUUUGACGCUGUCACUUUUGCUCGAGGAUCGUCCUCCUGUGCCGUCAGCAACAGCCACCAUCGCCUUCAAUCUUGAAAACUCAGAAAACACGUUCGCGUUGGCUGGCAUGAGCUAACCCGUAAGAUAUGGAAACAAAACCUUUCUUGUCACUGGGGUUUCUGAAGCCCCAGUGCUCACUGGCGACACCCUCCCAGUGCGGACGGCCGGGGGAUGCCUGUUCAUGCUUCAGCGGCAUGUGCCCGCUACACCAGCGCCGCAUAUCCACAGAAACACGACCGCAUACCUACGGCGGACCGCGUGACGUCUUUUCCGCUGAUUGGAGGAGGGCUUACCCACGUGUCGAGGCCCUUGCUUGGUGCCCACCCACCUGCGCCGGUGCCCUCCGAGACAAAGACUCCUCGGGCCAGCUGACGCCGUCACCCCUGGGCUCGCCCACGUCCCACCACGGUAUGCACCCAUCGCUGCUGAGCCCACCUGCCAUGGGUCCAUCGGGACCGUCGCUGCACUCGCCCAUCAGCACUCUGAGCUCUUCCAUGAACGGCCUGGCUCCGCCCUUCUCUGUCAUCAGCUCCCCCAUGGGCGCCCACUCCAUGUCGGUACCCUCGCCCGGGAUGGGCUAUGGGCCCAGCAUCAGCCCCCAGGUAACCCCCUACCAGCUCAGCUCCCCCAUGAACUCGGUUAGCAGUUCAGAGGACAUCAAGCCCCCACUGGGUCUGAAUGGCGUGAUGAAGGUGCCCGCCCAGCCCUCCGGCAACCCACUGGCUCUCACCAAGCACAUUUGCACCAUCUGCGGUGACCGGUCCUCGGGUAAACACUACGGCGUGUACAGCUGCGAGGGCUGCAAAGGCUUCUUCAAGAGGACAGUGAGGAAGGAUCUGACCUACACCUGUCGAGACAGCAAGGACUGUCCCAUUGACAAGAGGCAGAGGAACCGCUGCCAGUACUGCCGCUACCAGAAGUGUCUGGCCAUGGGCAUGAAGAGAGAAGUGUUGGUAUAUGCAGCUGUCCAGGAAGAGCGUCAGCGCGCAAAAGACAGGAAUGAGAAUGAGGUGGAGUCCACCAGCAGUGCCAACGAGGACAUGCCAGUGGAGAAGAUUUUGGAAGCAGAGCUGGCUGUAGAGCCCAAGACCGAGACCUACAUUGAGACCAGCCUGGGCAUGACAUCCAGCUCGCCCAACGAUCCGGUGACUAACAUCUGCCAGGCUGCGGACAAGCAGCUCUUCACACUGGUGGAGUGGGCCAAGAGGAUUCCACACUUCUCCGACCUGCCACUGGACGACCAGGUCAUUCUCCUGCGAGCAGGGUGGAACGAACUCCUGAUCGCCUCCUUCUCGCACCGCUCCAUAGCCGUCAAGGACGGUAUCCUUCUGGCCACAGGCCUGCACGUCCACCGCAACAGUGCCCACAGCGCCGGAGUGGGGGCCAUUUUCGACAGGGUGCUGACAGAGCUGGUGUCUAAGAUGAGGGACAUGCAGAUGGACAAGACGGAGCUGGGCUGCCUUCGAGCCAUCGUCCUCUUUAACCCAGAUUCCAAAGGUCUGUCAAACCCUGGGGAGGUGGAGGCUUUGAGGGAAAAGGUCUACGCCUCGCUGGAAGCCUACUGCAAACAGAAGUACCCUGACCAGCCUGGGAGGUUCGCCAAGCUGUUACUGCGCCUCCCUGCCCUGAGAUCCAUCGGUCUAAAGUGUCUGGAGCACCUGUUCUUCUUCAAGCUAAUAGGAGACACGCCCAUCGACACCUUCCUCAUGGAGAUGCUGGAAGCACCGCAUCAGAUGACAUAGUUGGGGGAGGGGCGUGGCCUGCCAUUUCCGGAUGGGGGGUGGGGGGCAUGCGAUCUAA